AUGAGCCCCUUAUCUCGCUCACUCUUCCUCGGCAUCUGCUUGCUCUUGACAGUCUUUCCUACUUCUGUCGUCGCGCGAAAGAAGCGCCACAUGGGUAUCCAAAACACCGACAUGACGGAGCAAUGGUUCCUGGCCCAAGAACAAUUCAAGGCGGUCUCGGCCAUGAAAAAACACCAUCGCGAUCUUCAAUUUGUCAUUGACUACACUCCUGGCGCCGAUCCCAAUUUUGUCUGCGCAUCGUUUUUAGCGGCCACCAACAGCAGUUACCAGUGUUCCUGUGAUAUUGCCGAUGACAAGUCCGUCAGCAUGAGUUGUUUGGAGUUGGAACAACGCUGCAAUAAAGGUGGCAGUAUUUGCUUUCUCCAAACCAUUACACUCGCAUUGACCCGCAACGACGAAACGCCCGGAAAUGCCAUUAAAUCGAUCGAAUCUUGUACGGAUUACAUUACCAAUUUGGACAAUUUCACCGGACCCCUCGUUGCCACCCAGUUUGCCAAUUAUUCCACCAUUACCCCGUGCGUCAAGAUUAUUCCCAAUGCUCCCAAUGAUUUCUCCUCGUUGCAGUCGUGCUCGGCUACCGUCAAUGGAGCCGACUGUUACAAGUGCGAAAUUUGUAAUGACAAGGCACCGGCGUUGGCCAUUUCACUCGAUUGCUGUAAUACCAAUCCCAACGGAGAACCGCUCAAGGUGGACUGUGGUUUGGUCGGAGGAGGAGGUGUCUUUGCGCCAUUUUUUGAAACCUAUAACGAAGAUUACGAACAGUGUGCCGGAGGAAUCAGUACCAUGGGUAGUAAGAGUGUGUGGUUCCUGGUGCUGGCCGUCGGGGCGUUCUUGUCGGCUCUGUUCUAG